UUUAAAUUGCUUUUUAGACACUAUUCAAAGCUCAAAGACAAAUACUGGACGUUAAAAAGACAACCAGUCUGCACCAUCUGAGACUAUAUACCUAUUUACGCUGUUGGCCUACCUAUUCCAAUAAACACCUUGACCGAGACACUAAGUUGAAAUUACUCCGCGAACAGGUGUCAAUGCAAUUUGAUGGUUUCUCAUAAGUGAUUAAAGGUAAAAAAAAAGUAAUGUUUAUAGCAAGUAAUAAAUUAGUAAAAUUUGGUUUGUAAAUACUUCUGAGUGAUAACUUCGAAGAGAUUCUUUUUCUAGCGCGAUUGAUAAUUACAGGUGUGGAGAGUGAAAGUACCGGAUGGCGGAAGUGUGACAGGAAAAAAAGCUUGAACUACGCUACUCAAAAUGGGUUUCCAACGUACGCUGGUACUUAUAGUAAUCGCUGUAGGCACAGUCAUUGCAAGAGACACAAGAUGGUGCGUAGUGAACAGAGCAGAAGAAGCAAAAUGUCAGAAGAUGAAGAGUGUGAUUCAGAAAAUGAAGAGGAGUAAUGUUACUGGUCAUACCCCAUUGCCAUCUGAUUUUAUGUGUGUCAGAAGAAAUGACGUAUUUGAAUGCAUGGAGGCAAUAGAGUUGGAUGAUGCUGACCUCAUGACACUGGACUCGGGUCAAGGUUAUUUCGCAGGCAGACAGCACAACAUGAUGCCUAUCAUGGCAGAAAAUUAUGAAAAUGUUACAAAUAGCAAACCUACAUACUACGCUGUGGCAAUGUUUAGAACAAACAAACCUGUUUCUUUGGACAAUUUGAAUGAGCAGAGGGUCUGUUUUCCUGCCAUAGGAACAAGUGCUGGAUGGCUUUACCCUAUAUCACGUCUUAUCCGUGAUCAGUUCAUUGUGGUGGAGGAGUGUAAUGCCAUUGUCAAAGCAGCUUCUACCUUCUUCAAACAGAUGUGCCUUCCUGGAGCUUUGACUUCCUUUUACAAUCCCUUUGGAAACAAUCCAACCUCUGUAUGUGAGCUGUGCUCGGGACAAAAUGAGGAGUUUUGCACCACAAGUGAUACCAGUGGAGGAUUUGAUGGGGCAUUUCGUUGUUUGGCAGAGGGUCGAGGUGACCUGACAUUUCUACGCCAUGACACCAUUCAGCUCAUGACUGACCCAGCAUAUAAUAUUGCCCAGAAUGUCACCUACACACCUGAUCAAUUUCGUCUCGUGUGCCCAGACCGCACCACACGUUCUGUCGAUGAGUAUCUCACUUGUAACUGGGGACAGAUAUCUUCAAAUAUAAUUAUGACCUCAGCAGUGCGAAGUGCUGAUGUUAUCCAGGGCUAUAAAGCUUUCCUUACCAGGGCUUUUGAAUGGUUUGGUCCAUAUGGAAAGUACAAGUCGGAGUUUGAAAUUUUUCGCUCGAAUACUACCUAUGACACAGAUGAGUUUGCCCUAACCUUCAGUCGUAAGAACCAGAUGUUUUCUGACCAAACCAAACGCUUGGAGGAUGUUGUUGGUAGUACGACAUACUUUGAGUGGGUUGGAAAUGACUUUGAUAACAUUCUGGAUUACAUGAAUGCUUGCCCAUCAAAUGCCAUUCGGUGGUGUGUGAUCUCGGAGGCAGAGAAGCAGAAAUGUGAAUCUAUGAUGCUGGCAUUGAAAGCCAAGGACCUGAGGCCUGAACUGGACUGCUUGUAUGGUAAAAACACCACAACCUGCAUGGAGAUGAUAUACCAAGGUGAUGCUGACCUUAUCAAUCUGGAUGCUGGGGAUGUCUACCUUGCUGGCAGGAGAUAUGGUUUGGUGCCAAUAGCAUCUGAGGAUUAUGGAGACAUGAGCAUGAAAUUUAAAGUUGUUGCUGUAGCAAGGAAGACAGACAAGCAUACUACACUUUUCAAUAUGAAAGACAAAAGAUCCUGUCAGCCAGGAAUUGGUCGUGGAGAUGGUUGGAUUGUGCCUCUGAACAUCUACAUUGAAACAGAGCAGUUUUUGCCUACAGAUUGCAGUAUCUUCAAUAAUAUAGGACAACUCUUUGUAAGAAGCUGCAUCCCAGGGGCACUGGAUAAAGAGUAUAACCCCAACCAAACUCCCAUCAGCCUUUGUGAAGGGUGUGCAGCUGGAGGCUACCGCAAAUGUCUGCGCAACAGUGAUGAGCAGUACUUUGGUUCUAGUGGAGCUUUUCGGUGCCUUGUAGAAAAGGGUGGUGAUGUUGCUUUUGUGCGACAUUUGACAGUGCGGGAUAAUACAGAUGGACGAAACCAUGCCAUCUGGGCACGUAACCGUCGUUCAGAUGACUAUGAACUGAUGUGUAAAGAUGGGCGCAGACUGAAUAUUGACUUUUUCAAUCAGUGUCAUCUUGGAGAAGUUCCUGCCAAUGCUAUUGUAACAUCAGGUCGUAAAACAACAAAACAAAGGGAAAUCAUGUGGAACCUCAUUAAUUAUGGCCAGCAGUUCUUUUCUUCAGAUAUUGAUGGAGACUUUCACAUGUUUCAUUCGGGUAACUGGUACUCCGAUUUGCUCUUCACUGAUGCUGCCGUGCGGCUGAUGAAGAUUCCAGAAGAUCGACAAAACUACAAAACUUGGCUUGGAGAAAAUUUCAUUGCUCAGAUUGAAAACUUGCAAAAGUACACAUGUGUCAACCCAGACAGUGCCUCCCAGUUUGUCCCAAGUCUGAUGCUAAUUAUACUGAUUUCAGUUGUGGCACACUUUCUGUCUUGAAAGGAGAAAACAGUUUUAAGAUUGUUUUCAUUGUAAUUUCUGAAAUUUGAUAUACCAAUCCAGGUGUGUUGCAAAUAGGCAAGUGUGUGUGCAUUUGUGUGAGUGAGAAGAAGUUGGUGCAAGAGUAAGUCACUAGAAUGAGAGAAUUUUCAGAAACCAUUGUCAUUCCAUGUAAUUUCUCACAUUCAUUCCAUUUUUGAACAUCAUUCCAGACUUUUGUAAAUAAAAUUCAUCAUACUAAACAUUUACUAGAUUGGAGUGCCAGAAAAGUUACAUAUCAUUUUCCCAAGAAUUUGAACUUUUGGAUUAUCAUUUGCUGGGUCUAAUCUGUUAUUAACAUUUGCUUUUUUAAAUUCAUAUUUUAAUGUCAUAUACUUUUCCUCCUGUAUUUUGUUGUCAAAUGAGAAGAGCUAAAAUUUGCAUAUCUAGCCUUGAAAUAGUUAAAGAAAUCAGAAGAAUGGGGAGGGUAUUUUAAAAUAGAAAAAUAGUCUUAAUAUAGAUCUGAAUAUAGCACACUAUUAUUCAUUGUCUUAUAUUUAUAAAUCUUAUGAAAAGAUUGCUUAAGAAAUAUUUUUGUGAAAAUAAGAGUCCAAGAAUAUAUACUCUUGAGUAAUUUGUGCAUGUAGCCAAGAUAAAAUUCUGAGCUUUUUUAUUUUACCCAGUUUAUUUCUGACUUCAAGAGUUCAAACUGUUUUAUUGAUUUAUUAAUCCAUUAUGCGAUACUUCUUAUUUCAUGGUAUAUAAAAAUUCAUAGUUAAAAACUUAGUUUGCAAUUCUUUGUACAUAGAUAACUUUUGUAGAUAUGAAUUACAUAUUUUUCAAUUAAACACCUCUCAUUACCAUUGCUGAAAAACUGUUUUACAUAAUUUCAUUACUUAAUACAGAUAUAUUUGUCUAUGAUAAUAAAGUAAUAAAUACUUUUCUACAAA